AUUGACGGAAUCGACGUGCAGUCCAGCAGCCAGGCCGAGAUUGUCGGUCUCCUGCGCACCAAACUGGUCGGUGCUCCUGUCCUGCUCACCGUCAGGCGGUUGCCACCCGGCCGUCCGGCUAACCCCGGCCUUGAGGCGGCCAACGACGGUCUGAGCGAAGCCUCCAGCCCGUCCUCCGCUCUUCUCCCCAACAACACCUCUUCUUCGGGCCACUUUUGUUCCGGCGUAGUCUCGGCCAGUGGAGACAGGAUGCCUCGUCAUGAGUACUCGCUUCCUUCCAAUUCCGUCAUGAUACAGCCCCAGAGACAGCCUGCCUUGCCGUCGGCGUCACACGGCCAGCCUCGGGGCGCCGCGCUCUACAUGGUACCUGCAAAGCGUUGCCAAGCUCCAGUCGUCGGCAACACCAGUCCGGAUCCUUCAAGAAGCAACGUGAGGACCAACCCGGCCGACAGCCAAUCCGCUUGGCCGCAUUCGACGAUGGGCAGACAGACUCCGAAGAAGACGACCCCCUUUUCAGCCCACCGGAGCCCGCCCCACCGGCUCCAGCCGUCAUCGGGCCUCGUAACUGACCAUUUAGGGCGGUACUGGUGUCCUGUAGAUUCACCCAACGAGCAGACUCAUUGGCUCUCGGGGCAUGGACCCAGCGGAAAUCAACCUCAUUCGGCGUCCAUCUCGCCUCCUCGGGGGCCUGUCAUUUCGACGAUAGACGCCCUUUCAAAUACACCCAACACCAACAACGCUUUGAUGGCAUCCUCGUCUCGGUUGCUCCUUUCCGAUUUUGUCCUGCUGCGGUUCGAAAUCCCACUGAUUCCAGUAGCUAAGCCAUCCUUUUCAAGAACUUGCCAGUCCGGCUCUCCUUCCGGCGAAGCCAGCUCCUCGUCGGGCAGAUCGGCCUCCAAGACAAUGCGAUUGGGCGUCAGUGUCCAGAUGAUGACACCAGUGGAGGAUGGAGGGAAGCAUGAGGAAGGGACUGCAAACGUAGUCGUGGACUGCUUCCACAACCUCGGUGGAGUCGUGGUUAAGGGCAUAAUCGAGGGGGGCGCCGCGUUUCAGGUGAGCAUCACUUUCGGUCCGGUUGAUGAUGCGGACGAAGGUGAAAAUUUACUCGCUUGA